AUGGAACCUGGCGAAGGCGUGCCCAUGCUUGGCGUCGGUAGUGACGCCGUCCUUGCCGCGCUGGCCACCGUCGUGCGCAAACCCAAGUCCAAGCGUCAGACCGCAACGACGCGGAAUUCCAGCGUCACAGCAAUCCCAGCAUCUACAACAGUUGCGUUUCCGUUGGAGACUGCAGCUCCACUAGUCCAAGAUAUUCCUACGCUCGAGGCUGCUAUCCCCACCGUGUUACUCAGGACCAGGGAAAAUUCUGCGAUGGUCAACGACUCAACUGCCGCUUCUGCAGAGGCAACCAGGGUCGAGUCUCGAUCAACGGACAGUCAUCGUGUUGCAGACUCGCGCGUGCUCGGUAUCGCGAAUGACGCCGCCAUUGCCACCAUGGCGAGAAAACACAAACGUAAGCCUGCAAAAACUUUUGUUCCGACUAACGCCAAUUCACCUCCAAAAUCUUCAGCAUCACUAGCAUUGCCGCUCUUCACGUGCAGUGUCGGCUCGCUAGUUUCGAACUCACUCACGCCUGACAUCGCUGGCAUGACUAUCCGAACUACACUUGAUACCGUAUCAUCUCAAUCCUCUGACGAUUCAUUGCUGGUUUCGCCGUGUUUUGCAGCAAACUCGCCGAUUACUGACACCAGUUUAUCAGCUGAAGACCCGUCGACGUUUGGUAUUGGCAGCAGAGAUACAUUAGUCAAGCCCAAACAACCCACACCGACCAUCAGCCACCACUCUCACCCAACGCAAGCGUCCAACUUUGUGGACUUGACAGCAAUUCGUCGUGUCAAUCCGAAUUCUGCAGAUAUUGUGGGCAUUCCUACUGCAACUUUUAAGCAGACCACCACCGUCGUCGACUACUGGUUCAGUAGUGACACUCGUGGAGAAAACGAGUUGGUUAAGUACACCAAGGAGGCUACAAAGACAAUCAAGAUUGGGGUGGAUACCUUGAAUCAUGAUGAAAUGAUCAGGGAGCUAGGUGCCGCUGUUGGUCGAGGCGUUGUCGCCCAGCUCUUUAUUGAUUUCAAGGCUUGCAACGGAGGACUUGCAUGGGUCAAAGAGCUUUUGGAGGCCGGUGUCGAGAUGUGCCAUAGCACAGAGAAGUUCGAGUGGAAAAUCGCGCUUUUUGACGGUCAGAUCCUCGUGCAAGGCUCGCAAAGCUGGAUGAAAAGCGAUCUACAGGAACUCAACAUGGACUACACUAUCGUCCAGACUGGAUCAAUCGUGUCUGCGUUUGAGUGUCAGUUUGACAAGAUGUGGAAGGCUGCAAACAAGAACGUGACGAAGCGAGCAAGAACUUUUGCAAACACCGAUCAAAGAGACAAAACAGAGUCGUCUGACUCGGAGGGAUCGAGCGAAAUGGAGCCAGGCAAGAGGCGUAAGCUAAGGAAGAGAACAACCUUCCCUACAACCCUUCAGUUUUUGGAGAUGAUGGGGUUGUAGACCUCACUAGUAGUCACUGCAUCCGGUACGCACGACCAACAAGCGACUUUUGUGUUUCCCAAGUAGAUUUUUGCAAUGCAGCAGCCAGUCAAACAUGCACCUUAACGCCUAACGGCCUCCAAUUCCUUCA